UAGCCCAAAGUCAAGCAUAAUUGUAGUUGCAUGUACAGCUAAACAAUCAGAGUAUCUACUCUGAUUAUAAAACGAACACUGCACACCAGAUCCAGAAGAUCUGGGUGAUCGUCCCUCCCUUCAAACGCAAGCAAAACAUGAAACCCUUCGCGACCAAUCGCGAUCUCCUCAAAACCCCCGCGCUCAUCAAGAUCUCCGCCGUUAUUCUCGCCACCGCCGCCUUCUUCUACUUGGGCAAGCAUUUAUCCGACGACGGCUACAAGCAGCUCGUCUUCUUCUCCUCCUCGGAAAACUCGAUCCCGGAAGUCUCAAUCUCCCCCAACAGCAACAAAACCUUCAAUCUAUCCUCGAUCAUCCCUCCCAAUCACACCGAUAUCGAAACAACACAGCCGAUUCCCUCGCCAUUGACGGUGACGGUGACGGAAGCUAAUCCUCCUCCGAUUCCGUCUCCGCCGAUUCCGUCUCCGCCUCCGCCUGCUACGAUCCGGACCUUCGGGGUACUCGAUGCGAACGGCGUGAUGUCCGACGAUUUCGAGGUAGGUGAGGUCGAGGAGGACGAAGCUAUCGAAGAAGAGUCGGGGAACAAGACGGAGAUCGUGCAGUUGAGAAACGACGGCGUAUCGAAACCUAGGGUUAGGGUUAAGAAGUUCGCGGUGUGUCGCGAGAGUAUGAGAGAGUAUAUACCUUGUUUGGAUAACGCUGAUGCGAUUAAGAAGCUUAGAUCGACGGAGCGUGGAGAGAAGUUCGAGCGUCAUUGCCCUGUGAAAGGCAGAGGGUUGAAUUGCUUAGUGCCGCCUCCUAAAGGUUAUCGUCAGCCUAUUCCAUGGCCUAGAAGCCGUGACGAGGUGUGGUUCAGCAAUGUUCCUCAUACUCGGCUUGUUGAAGAUAAAGGUGGACAAAACUGGAUUUCACGAGAUCCACGAGACAAGAACAAGUUUAAGUUUCCUGGUGGCGGCACACAGUUUAUUCACGGAGCUGACGAGUACUUGGACCAGAUCUCUAAGAUGGUUUCUGUUAUCACGUUUGGCAAGCGUAUUCGGGUUGCGUUGGAUGUUGGUUGUGGUGUGGCGAGUUUUGGCGCUUACCUAUUGUCACGCAAUGUUUUGACGAUGUCUGUUGCGCCAAAAGAUGUCCACGAGAACCAGAUUCAGUUUGCUCUUGAGCGUGGUGUGCCUGCUAUGGCGGCAGCAUUUGCUACUAGGCGUUUGUUAUAUCCAAGCCAAGCGUUUGAUCUUAUUCAUUGUUCUAGGUGUAGGAUUAACUGGACUCGUGAUGAUGGGAUUUUGCUCCUUGAGAUCAAUAGAAUGCUGCGGGCUGGAGGGUUUUUUGCUUGGGCUGCACAACCUGUUUACAAGCAUGAGGCGGCUUUGGAAGAACAGUGGACAGAAAUGCUGAAUCUCACGACUAGCCUUUGCUGGAAACUAGUAAAGAAGGAAGGAUACAUUGCAAUCUGGCAGAAACCCCUUAACAACAAUUGUUAUUUGAGCCGUGAGGCUGGAACCAAACCUCCUCUUUGCGAUGAAUCUGAUGACCCCGAUAAUGUUUGGUACACAAACCUGAAACCUUGUAUCAGUCGCAUACCUGAGAAUGGAUCUGGAGGCAGUGUUCCUUCAUGGCCUGCCCGUCUCCACACUCCACCCGAUAGGCUACAGACCAUAACAUUUGAUUCCUACAUUGCUAGGAAAGAACUAUUCAAGGCAGAGUCAAGAUUCUGGAAUGAAAUAGUUGGGGGUUAUAUCCGUGCCUUAAAGUGGAGAAAGAUGAAACUAAGAAACGUUUUGGACAUGAGAGCAGGCUUUGGCGGAUUUGCAGCUGCACUAAAUGAUCAUAAACUCGAUUGCUGGGUUCUCAGUGUAGUUCCUAUCAGCGGGCCUAACACAUUGCCCGUCAUUUAUGAUCGUGGGCUAUUAGGAGUAAUGCACGAUUGGUGUGAACCAUUUGAUUCAUACCCGAGGACAUAUGACUUCUUACAUGCCUCAGGACUCUUCUCAGUCGAAAGAAAAAGAUGCGAGAUGUCAACCAUCUUGUUAGAGAUGGACCGGAUAUUGAGACCGGGAGGGAGAGCAUACAUUAGGGAGACAAUAGAUGUAAUGGAUGAAAUUCAAGAGAUCACAAAGGCAAUGGGUUGGCGUACAUCUCUGCGUGACACAUCCGAGGGUCCUCACUCAAGUUACAGGAUUCUAACAUGCGAGAAGCGUCUCCCUCGAGCUUAAUACCACACAAAACCACACUGGCACUUAGUCUACACAAAGCAUAUCGUUUGGUAAUAUCUCUUUACUGUUAGUAUUUUUUCUUCCCCUCAUUAUGUAACUGUAAAUUUGAUUGUGGUGUAUUACUGAGUAAAGUUUUACCUAGUCCUCGACUUUUAAUAACAACAGUUCUGCAUGUGCUAUUCUGUUGAUUGUAACAAAGGAUCCAUAAGAAAAUAAAAAAGAAGCUCACGACUUUCUCCAA